AUGGCUGAAAAUCAGAAAGAGGCUUUCCGGCACAGCAGCGGCAGUCCAACCCAGACCCAAGAUGACUGGGCUCAAGGCAUGGAGGGUCGACUCUCUAGCAAAAGGAUUUGGUCCAUCGAGUUAGAGGCGCUGCUGCUUUUGGGUUCGAAUGUUGGAAGAAUUAACAAUCUAAUCUACGACCAUUUACAGAUCGACGUGGAGGGCCUAACCAAAGACUUCACGCGUUUCCGUGACGAAAUAAACGCAAAAAUGCCCCCUCUGGCAAUUAAAGACAUGACUUGGAAAACGAUUCAGAUAACUCAUAACAUUAUGGUUGGAGAUGAGCCUGACGAUCAUGACUUGGAGGACGAUAGUGAGGCUAACACUGAAGGCUCUGGGGGCUGGUUUUCCCCUUACUGCACUGAUAACGACAGCAGUACCGAUACAAGCGACGAGACUUCCUAUCACGGAACCCUCUCCUCUCACUCACAAAGUGUGGUUCCUGCUGAUCUUCCUCUUCUGCCUCCUAUCAGGGAUGGCCAUGAUGUCCCAGAAAAGGGGAGCAUUAUCUUUUCCAACGCAUCUUUCGAAAUUCGUCUGACCUUGAAUGCUGGCUGGGGGGCUUUUGCGAAGAAAAAGCUUUUCCAAGGAGACAAAAUUCUUGUCGAAAGAGCGCUAUAUCAUGCAACUUUUGAAGAAGUUCAAAGCUCUGUCCGUCAAUUGCCAGAACACGAGAAGAAAGUCGCAAACAGCCUUCACGCGUACUAUGGCAGGUGUGGAGAAUCUAAGGAGGAAGCAAUCUGGAGCACGAAUGCUUUUGCUUCUAAGUAUCACAAAAGCUCAAACUUUUCGGGUUCAAAGACCUUGAGUACAGACGUAGCCGGCCUGUUCCCAGUUGCAGCACGGUUCAAUCAUUCAUGCGAGCCGAUGGUUGAAUACAAAUACUGUGCCAAGGAAGAGGUGUUGGUCUUCACAGUUCGUGCAUGGGAGGUUGAAGAAGGACAAGAGUUGACCAUAUCUUAUGGAAAAGACCCUUCAGUAUUGUACUAUAGGUUUGGUUUCAACUGCAGUUGCGGGUAUUGCAGUGGGUUUGACGAGAGCAAGUGGAACUUCUAA